GUCUGAUCUGAAACAUUCUGUUUCCCCGCCGUCCAACACCCCUCGCAUAGCGUGACCACGCCUCCUGACCAUCGCCAAUUGCUAGCUUGGUUCACCAUGGUGUCCUUCUCUUGUGAGAACUGCGGCGAUGUGUUGACGAAGAAGAAGCUGGACCCUCAUCGUAACCAGUGCCGCGGGGCGACAUAUACCUGUCUAGACUGCAUGGUACAUUUCUACGGCACAGAUUACCGCGCGCAUACCUCCUGUAUCAGCGAAGCGCAGAAAUAUCAAGGCAGUCUGUAUAGAGAAAAGGACAAUAAGAAGGGCAAUCGCAGAUCUAUAAACGGCGCCUCAGGGGAGCGCAAGUCACAAGCCAUGAUACCCAGGAAUGCGUAUGUGGAGGAUAUGGUGGAGGGCGACGAAACUAAUGCGAUUGCGGUUAUUGAUGUGCCGCCUAAGGCUCCCACGCCACCACCGGCGGCCUAUUCAUUGCCUGAGGGUGUCAACGUGUUUGACUUCCUUGUUGAGGAUAAGACGGACGACAACCAAAGACAGCUGCAAUCGUCACGUGGCGUUGGGCGAACGCCGCAUCCAACCAACGGCAACUCGCAAAAGGCCAACGGAGACGGCUCGCUUUAUCUACAGCACGGUUACUCAUAUGGCAACGCACCAGUAGAGCCGAGCUUUGAGCGCUACGAUUCGUGGCAGGAUAUGACGCAGUCGCAGAACGGGCAAGCCAUGAUGCCGCCACCUCCGCCGUACGUGACGCCAGGACCGAGACAUGCCAGGACCGACAGCAAGGAGAAAGUAAAGUCGGAGACGAGUACCGACAAGAAGCGCAAACGGCAGUACAUCGAAGAGCUUGACUUGUCGGCCUCCAAGCGGCCCACAUCGCGAGGCGAUGCCACCAUGACCGAUGCGCCGGCGACUGUUGUGGUGGAGCCUAGAGUACUGCACUCUGGACUGACGGGAGGUCUUAGCCGUCUGGUGACUGACCCCGAGUUCUACGAAGAUCGCAUUGAUGCUGGACCAACGCCCAUCAGCCCGCUCAAGCGCUCGCGGCACGAGAAAGACCUCAAAGACGCACGUCGAAAGUCCGCGUAUACAUCCUACAGCGUUGCGAAGAGCACAUCAAGCAAGCACUCCGAGAGUAAACACCAUCGUUCGCGGAGUGCGGACCGGGACAGUAAGUCCGAGCGAUCUCGCCACCACAAACACCACCGAGACGAAUCGUCAUCGGCUGAUGGCAGUCGACGCCAUGGAUCUCGGAAGGAAACCAGGGCGAUCGAGUAUCUCGAUCGGCCAGGGUCUGUUCAGCCUUCUGCGACGAAUCAGCUCAUUAGCUAUAAGUCAAGGGCGGAGCUCUUCCUGUCUUUUGUCACUAAAGGACCUGAUAGUGAGCAUGGAUGUUCCAUGAACAAGGCGCUAAAGCGUUACCAUCGGGAGCGAGAUGUGAGAGGUGAGGUCAAGGAGGAAGAUGAUAAAGAGCUGUGGAAGUCUUUACGCCUGCGAAGGAAUGAUAGGGGCGAAGUUGUCGUGUUCUUCUAAUGUCGAAACGGGGGUAAUGUGUACUGUACUCUGACGAAGCCAUGUAUAACAUGCCAAGCUUUUUUAGCACGCAUGCGAUGGGAGUUUUCGUACGUGAGAACCACAACCACAACUACGCCGGAGUUGUCGUACUCACCGUCUCCCUCUUCAUUCCCCUGUCGAAGGAGUGUUCGCGCACACUGGGCGGUUAUCGCACAUG